UUGUAAAUACAAUGACAAGGACAGUAUGGCACUUAAUCCAGCUGCCAAUCUCUUGUUGUUUUAUAAUAAUCAACAAUUGUUCUUAAAUACUGAAAAGUUUCAUUUACUGUUUUUAUUGAUAAUUGGUCACUGUCAGCUCUCAGUUCUUCUUAUCAUUACCACAGAAUAGGAAUUAGGCAGAAGGGGAACUCCUGCCUAUCAGGUGAAGCCUGAAAAAACUUGCGUAAGCGUUUACUUAUAUGAGGCUAAGCAUGUAUCUGUCGGGGAAAUUUUAGAAAAGAAUGAAAGUAGACAACUUUUUUGAGACGAAAUGCUCCAUGAUAGUGAACAAAUUCAAUUGUGUAUCAUAAUUUGUUUAUAUCUGAUUAAUGAAUGAUAAUUUGUCAUGGCUAAGUUCGUCAACUGAAAUCAAGGUUAAAUGGGAAUUAAGAAAUUCUUUUGUUGACUCAGGCUUCAAAAACAACAAAGGAACCAACUAGAGUUACCUUUCUGCCUAUUCCAUAUUCAGUGUCAUUGUAUAAGCUUUUAGCGGAUUAUUUGAGAAAAGAGCUAAAGUCAUUUUGCAAAAAUCUCUUGCCUAUUUAAGAAGAGCUUGAUUAUGGGAUCUUGAUUAGAAAUGCCUGCUAUGAAAGUUGCUGAGGCCAUGAACAGAGCCCAGCAAUUUUGCAUUUUUCUCUACACAAUAAGCUUCGUUAGCUAGGAAUAAUUUGAAGUUAAGACCUGCUUUGAGUGUUUUACAGUUGAAAUCUACUGUCUCAGACUCCAAAAGACUGGGAAUUUAUUUCAAGAAGACAGAUUGUUAAGACAUCAAAUUGUUUAUCUUUUUUAAUGUAUCAUAUAUUUAAACAAAGAAGAAGCAAAAACAUUGUUUAAGAUAAAAAGGGUUCGAAAUAGCCGGAUUCAAGAUACCCAAUCUGAACUGUUAAAGGCAGUAUUUCGCGCUGCUUAUUGGCUAUUGUUUGUUGAAUUUUGAAGGUCCUCGAAAUUAGAGAAGUGGGACAAUUUAGUAUAACUGAUCAAUAGAAAGUAAGAGACAUUCUUUGUUAACAAAUGCAAACUCACUGAAAUAUGAAUUUAAUUCUUUGUUUCGGUAAACCAUCAACGGCGCAACACACCGUGAUUUUCUGUGACUAUCACUUUCUUUUGCAACAGAAAUAUAAAAUUAUUUAGGGUCCUCUCCAUAACACAAGUGCCUGAGUGAGUGCAAGUGCAUAUUUUCUCUAUUUUAUGUAUACAUUAAAUGUACUCAGGUGCACCCGGAUAAUGCAUUUUUUCUUUUUUGAGCUUUAUUUUAUUCCAGUGCAAAUCUAGCUGCAUUUAUCUUUUAGUUAUGUAAAUUUCUAAUUGGAAAAUUUUGUUCUAAGUGUUAAAUAUUAUUUCUUGACUUUAAUCUUUGAACGAAAAUCCCACAGAAUUCGUGGUAAUUUUUAUUUUUACCACACAAAGGGCCAGAAAUGAUUUUGAAUGUAAGUAAAGCUAGUAUUACCAUCACACCCAUCUCAUAAUGCUAAUUAAACCCUGUCUGAGCACGAAAUCACGUUUUCAUGGCUUCAUGGUGGCAAGUUUCACUUGAACAAAGUUUUAACUGGUACCAGUACAGGUACUUGUGAAUACCUAGAGGUAUGAACUCUACCUACUGGUAGGCAUUGUUGUAUUUACUAGGUCUCAGGUGGUUUUUUAAUCUUUCUGUAAUUGAAGCAAAUCAAUCGUAGCGAGUUUUGAUUGCAAGAUGAGUAAAAUAUGUUUCAGCCAGGUUCUGAGUUCAAUCAGAGUGGAGUUCCCCGAUGCCAGUGAAGAUGGCGCAUACCACAUUGCCGCAAGAAGAUGGAAUAUGCUCAGUGAUGAGCAACGUAAGACAUUUGGUUACGAAGAAAAUGCCAGUCAUAUGCCACAGAAGUUAAGGGGUGUCCAUUAUGAAGUUUCAGAUGAAAUAGACGAACGCGAGUCUCCAAGCAGUGAUUCAAGAGGAGAGACUGCCAAAUUCGGUCGUUGUACUUGGUGCAAAAACUAUGGCAACCUGAACGAUUAUUCGACAAAUCUCCAAGGACGUGAAAUUUAUUGCACUGGCCUAUGCUCUAAAAAGUGCUUUGAACAGGCGGCGCUGAAAAUAAUUAACGUAGAGACUGGAUAUGGACUUGAAAGCUCAGUCUAUUCAGAAAGUACACCAAUACGCACCAGCAUCAACCUAAGUAGCCUUAACAAUGAGCCAGUUAUCUCUAGAGGUGAACAUUUGGGCAAUUUUGCAAGGACUCAUAAUGACGGAAGUAGAUCUGGAGUAGAAGCCGCAAGACCGAGCACGGAAGUUAUACGGGACAAGACUGUACAAAGACCACAGCCUAAAAUGGACAGGCCAAGCUCUAGUUUGCAGAUAAAAAGGACAGAUACCCCAUAUCGAAUCGCUGAGAAUGCUUUCGAUUGGACCAGCUACUUAAAGCAAACUGGGUCAAUAGCUGCUCCGUUGUUAUGUUUCAGAAUGCAACGCACAUCAUCGACCAACACGUUUCAAGUCGGAAUGAAGCUCGAAGUUAAAGACCCGAGGCAGGACUCUGUUGUGUGUAUCGCAACAGUAGUGACGAUCUGGGGACCGCGUUUACGGUUACAUCUUGACGGCUGUCCUAAAUCAGAAGACAUCUGGGUUCUCUGUGAUUCGGGUGAAAUACAUCCGGUCGGAUGGUGCGAGGGAAACAGAGGAGUUCUUCAGAAACCUAAAGGAUUCUCUGUAGAGGUUGCAAGUUAUACUGAAUAUAUAAAAAAGGCAUUGAAUAGUGCAGAACUGGCCCCGAUGAGUGCAUUCAAAAGCGAGCCUUCUCCACCGAAAGAAAACAAAUUUGCGACCGGAAUGAAGCUCGAAGCUGUUGACAAAAAGAAUCCGGCUUUGGUCGGUGUCGCUUCUGUAGCCGAAGUUGACGGUGACCGAGUGCGGAUCGAAUUUGAUGGUUAUAAAGGAAGUGGGUAUUGGACGCAUUUUACCGACCGAGAUUUGUUUCAAGCUGGAUGGUGUUUUAGCAACGGAUAUCCUUUGCAGCCCCCGGGUGUCCAAGUGGUUCGGCCGCAGCCAGUGAUUCCAUACAAUAAUGUUUCAAGAAAUAGCUGCUCCCCAAAUCUACGGGAAAAGAAAUCCCAUCAAAUUGCAACAGGUCAUGGAGAAGUUGAUGUGACAGUCAACAGUGGAUGCAAUCCUGGACCAUACAUGGAUACAAAGAAAGUGUCUUCAAUACCAACGGCAUAUAAAGGAGACAUAGGUGUGGUUUUAAAAGCUAUCUUGGAAGACUUAAUCCGCUGUGCCUACGAUCCAAAAACCGUACUCGGAUUCUUAAAGCCCGGUCGUGGCAACAUUGUUGUGAAUGCUAUAGCCGAUGGGGUCGUCUACAAUUGCUAUCUGUCAACAGUUGAUCGUGUUUCAACUUUCUGGAAAGUAAUGGAACAAUUCUGCGACAACUUGCGUUGUUGCACCAACCUCAUUAGUGGCUUUGAGUUGCAGACCGCGUGUCCGCAGUGUGGAAGAACGGGGUAUGCGAGAAAAGGCCAAUCCGUGUCCGUGAAGAGAACACAUGAUAUCUCCGACAAACCAAUGGAUAACAAUCUGUCCGUAUGUAUCUCAAGUACACCGGACAGUACGGCAGUAGGUGCGUUGGAUGCCUCUGAGGCUAGGGUUGAAACGAGAGAGACAGCAAAAAGAAAGAGACGAAAUUCAAUUUUAUCACACAUUACCACAUCACCUCGAUCUUGGUCAGUAGAAAAUGUUGCUGAGUUUCUGGAGAAAACGGAUUUAAAGGAUUAUGCAAAUAUUUUUCGGGAUAACGACAUAGAUGGAAAAGCCAUGCUGUUGUUAAAAAGGGACAUUGUGAUUAAUUACAUGGGCCUUAAAAUUGGACCAGCUGUCAAAUUGCUAGAUCUUAUUGAUGAACUCAAUGAGGCAGAUACUCACUUUGGGUGAUAAAAUCUCGAGUUUCUUACCCUUUGCUGCGAAGUAUUCAUACAAAAUCCCGUCAAACCAUCUUUUAUUCCGAAAAUGAAAUUUUUUUAAGAUUUUUAAGAUUCUACGUAAGACCUUAUAUUUUGAAAUUUUGAAAAAGGUUUCAUUAUAUUGGCAUUGGCAAGUGACUCGAGAUGUUACAAUUGCGUUUGCAUUCAAUGACGAAAUCAUAAUAUUUUAGUCAAAAAUGUCAUUUUCGUUGUAUCCUCCUAAUUGUCUUUGAAAUGCCGUUUUUAGAAGUAGCUAAAAGAAACCAUUGUACACAUUUCUACAAGCAAGUUAAGUUCAUUUUUUGUGCAUUUUCAUACUUAUUUUUGAUACUUUCGUUUUA